AUGACUUCGAAAGAAGUGUCGAUCGAUGUCGACCCAGAGUCAGAUAGUCAAAAUGGUGUCCAGCAUCUAGAAGCACAACACGCGGACAUUGUGGUGGACGAACACUUGUCUAAAAAGAUUGCCCGCAAAUAUGACUUGCAUCUCUUGAUAUUCUUCACUCUGAUCAACCUUUUCUGCUUUAUCGAUCGAGUCAAUAUCGGCAAUGUCAGGCUCCUCGGACUUGCGGAGGAUCUCGACCUCAAUGUCGGCCUAAGGUUCAAUAUCGCUCUUAUGUGCAUGUUUGUGCCAUACUGCGUUGUCGAACUUCCGGCGAAUAUCCUGUGCAAACGUAUCGGAGGCCACAUCUGGAUUCCAUUCUUGGUCUCCGCUUUCGCAAUCAUCACCGUUUUGACCUCUGUCGUGCAAAAUCGAGGUGGGCUUUAUGCCGCCAGGUUUUUUCUCGGUCUCGUCGAGGGCGGUGUCUCACCGGGUCUUAUCUGGUUGCUUUCUCAAUUCUACAAACGACAAGAGCUUGGGCUCCGGACCAACAUCUACGUCUCUGCCGCUUCCGCUAGUGGUGCAUUUGGUGGCCUCCUAGCUAUUGGUUUGAGCAAGAUACCAGACUGGGGACUCAUCCAUAGGUGGCGAAACGUAUACUUCUUUGAGGGUCUCAUCUCCUUAGCCAUCGGUGGAGCCUCCUGGGUCUUGAUCCCACGAGGUCCAGAGACCGCCAAGUUCCUCACGGAAGAGGAAAAGAAGACCGCCGUGAACCGACUUUUAGUUGAUUCUGCUGGCACGGCAGAACUCGGGAAAACAAGCCUUAAACACAUUGUCCAGGCUUUGAAAAGCCCUCACGUACUUGGCUGUGCGUUCGGGUUCUAUCUAACAAAUACUGUUGCGCAAUCAGUUGCGGUCUUCGUGCCAUCUAUCAUCCGAGGAAUGGGGUAUUCCAAUGAGACUGCACAGCUGCUAUCCGUGGGGCCAUAUGCUGUGGCUUGUAUUAUCUCGGUCAUUGCAGGCUACCUCUCGGAUAAAUAUAAGGAUCGAUCGAUGGUGAUCAUCAUCGGCGCUCCCGUCUCCAUUGUCGGCUUUUUCAUGCUCGAGUUCCUGCCCAACAGCAAGCCUGCCGCUAAAUACGGUGCACUAUACCUCGCAUCAACUGGAUAUUAUGCCUUCUACCCCAUGUACAUUACCUGGGCUGCAAACAACUGCGCGACGGGAACAGUGCGCGCAGCAGGCGUAGGCCUCGUCUUCACACUGGGCAGCUUGGCCGGCGUAUGCGCACCGUGGAUCUAUCUUCCCUCAGACGCACCAGGCUACCGGACAGGACACGCCGUGCUCCUGUCCUUCCUUCUCGGAACGUUUUGCACCGCGAUUAUCCUUCGCUUCUAUUGCAAAUGGGAAAACCGCCAGAAGGACCUAGGCAAGCGCGACCACCUUCUAGUUGGUUUGACCCCUCUCGAGGAGCAGGACUUGAGUUCUAAACAUCCUGCUUUCCGCUAUAUGCUUUAG